UUCUACCCUUGGGCCUUAAGGUUUAAAACUCCAUUUUUAACGCAUUGCAGACACCCCAUUACCAUUAAUAGCUUUUACAUACCCAAAGGCCAAAACGAUCAACAAAAAAUACCCAACAAAAUGUCAGAAAUUCAGACAAGAUUCAAUCCUUGUUACUCCUAUUUUGCAACAUUCUUUUUCAUUCUCUCACCUUUUUUGUUCACUCUUUCAACUACAACAAAUAUUCAGCUGGGUUCUUCCCUUUCUGCUUCUAAUCUUAACCAAACAUGGUCUUCUCCAAACAAUACUUUUUCUCUCCGUUUUAUUUCUAUAAAUUCAUCAUCUUUUUCUUUGUCCAUUAAUUAUGACUCUAUUUCAAUUUGGUCAAUUUCCAACACUGUUGAUUCUAGAGCUACUUUCACUCUCUUAUCAAAUGGCAAUCUUCAGCUGCUUUCUGGUGCUGGAACUGUUUUAUGGCAAUCAAACACUUCAAAUUCUGGAGUUUCACAUGCAACUCUUGAUGAUUCUGGUAAUUUUUCACUUAAAAAUAGGUCAAAUUUUGUUAUUUGGUCCACUUUUGAUCACCCAACUGAUACAAUUGUCCCAUCACAAAAUUUUACUGUUGGGAUGGUUUUAUCAUCUGGGUUGUACUCAUUUUUUCUUAAGAAAACUGGCAACUUGACUUUACAAUGGAAUAAUGAUAUUGUGUAUUGGGGUUUAGGUUUGAAUGAUUCUGUUAGUAGUAAUAUUAGUAACCCCAGAUUAGGGCUUCAAUCAAUUGGGAUUUUGUCACUUUAUGAUGAUAAAUUAACUACUUCUGUAACUUUGGCUUAUGGAAGUGAUUAUGCUGAAUCUGGUGAUAUUUUAAGGUUUUUAAGAUUGGAGAAUGAUGGGAAUUUAAGGAUUUAUAGUUCUACUAAAGGAAGUGGGAAUAUCCUUGUGAGAUGGACUGCUGUUAGUGAUCAAUGUCAGGUUUUUGGGUAUUGUGGGAUUAUGGGAAUUUGUAGUUACAAUGAUGUUGGCCCUGUUUGUGGAUGCCCAUCAGAAAACUUCAAUCUUGUUGAUCCCAAUGAUUUUAGAAAAGGAUGUAAGUUAAAGAGAGAGGUUAAGGAUUGUCCUGGCAGUGCAGCAAUGUUGCAGAUGGAUAAUACUAAGUUCUUAACAUAUGCUCCUGAGACUACUAAUGAUGUUUACUAUGUGGGUAUAUCGGCGUGCAGGGGAAAUUGUCUUUCGGGAAGUUCUUGUGUAGCUUCGACUAUUUUGGCUGACGGUUCAGGGCAGUGUUAUAUUAAGACCUCGAAUUUUGUUAGUGGCUAUAAGUCAGCUGCUCUUCCUAGCACUUCGUAUGUUAAGGUUUGUAAUCCAAUCGUACCAAACCCUCCUCCUCUUACCGAGGAAGGAGGAAAAAGGAAGAAGCUAGAAGGUUGGGUUGUUGCAAUGGUGGUUUUAGGGACUCUUGUAGGUUUGAUAAUCAUAGAGGGCAUUGUGUGGUGGUGCUGUUGUAGAAAGAGUCCUAAAUUCGGAGGGUUGUCAGCCCAGUAUGCCCUUCUUGAGUACGCAUCUGGUGCGCCUGUGCAGUUUUCGUAUAAAGAGCUGCAGGAGGCAACGAGAAAUUUCAAGGAGAAACUUGGGGAAGGAGGCUUUGGAGCAGUUUACAAAGGGAUACUUGCAAAUAAAACCGUUGCUGCGGUGAAGCAGCUUGAGGGUAUUGAACAAGGCGAGAGACAAUUUAGAAUGGAGGUAGCUACUAUAAGUAGCACCCAUCAUUUGAAUCUGGUAAGAUUAAUAGGUUUUUGCUCUGAAGGAAAACACAGGCUUUUAGUGUACGAGUUCAUGAAAAAUGGCUCGCUUGAUAGUUUCCUCUUUAGUACAGAUGUUCAAUCGGAGAAAAUCUUAAGCUGGGAGCAACGGUUCAAUAUUGCCCUUGGAAUUGCAAGGGGAAUUACUUAUCUUCACGAGGAAUGCCGGGAUUGUAUUGUGCAUUGUGACUUGAAGCCAGAGAACAUUCUCUUAGAUGAUAGUUACAAUGCUAAAGUUUCUGACUUCGGCCUUGCAAAGCUCAUAAAUCCGAAAGAUCAUAGGCACCGCACCCUUACCAGUGUCAGAGGUACACGGGGAUACUUAGCCCCAGAAUGGAUUGCCAACCUUCCAAUUACUUCAAAAUCUGAUGUUUUUAGUUUCGGCAUGGUGUUGUUGGAGAUAGUAAGCGGGAAAAGGAACUUCGAAGUAUCCAAUCGAACAAAUGGAAAGCGGUAUUCAAUUUGGGCAUACGAAGAGUUCGAGAAUGGCAACGCUAAAAAUAUACUAGAUUCCAGGCUUGUCGACUAUGAUGUGGAUAUGGAUCAAGCGAUGAGGGCCAUCCAAGUCGGCUUUUGGUGUAUACAAAAGACAACUUCACUAAGACCAAUGAUGGGAAAAGUUGUACAGAUGCUAGAAGGCAUAAUAGAGAUUGAGAAGCCCCCCAUGCCAAAUAUUGCCUCCGAGGGUUCAAUCAGCGGUACAAGCUUGAAUACUUCAGGCCCCGGUCCUUCAUCUUCUUCUUCGUUACAAGCGACUCCACUAACGCAACCUUCGAUAAACAUGGAAAGGCCUACUUUCUCUCAUAUUCAAAGAGAUUCGACGUCGUUUUCAACAACUGAAUAAUCUACCCUUGUUACCCAUAUAAUACUUUUAUUUAAAGGUUAGAAAUUUUCAAUUUGUACUGCAUUUUAAUUUUGAUCUUUCAAGGUAGACUGUAAAAUAGUCAGGUCCAAUAAAUUUUUAUUAGAAUCAAUCAAUAGGGAAUAGUAGCCAUAAAAGUUUCCUGGUCAGUUCAGUUUCAUGAAUUGAUCAUGAUAAUAUCAAUACAAUUUUUCCUUGAUCCCUUGAAAAGCAUUUCCUGGCUCCUUUCACAACAAUGAGAGCUAAGAGAAAGCUUGUGUGUUUCUAAGGACUUGGCAUUACCAAAUACUGGGAUGGUUAUGGAGUGGGUUACCCGAACCAAACCGAUCCCGAAAGAACCGUCCAGAUCGGAAAUGUCGCAGACAGGUUCUGAAUUGUUAACCGUUAAAGGUUCCAAAAAAUAUUCUUAUGAACCCGCGAAACCGUUGGACAACUACACAUAACUGACACAAUUGAUCUCGUCGUUGCUGAUUAAUAAAAGAUCAUUCAUUGAAGUCGUAAGGAAACAAAUUAGCGAUGAGAAUGAUCGGUUGCAAGCCAUUCGCUCAGGCUUGCAUUCUCGGUUCAGCUGUUCUUUAGGCUCAACAUCCCAGUUUGGUAAUAUGUGAUACACAACUACUUGGUUUCAUCAUUUUUGAGCCAAUGUAAACUUUUGGGUUAUUUAUGAGCUAAUUAGAUGUAGCCAAUAUGGCUAUAAGUGCACGAAGUAUCAAAAUAUAGAAAUGAGAUUAUCCUCGUGGUUUGUGGGAUUUCUUAGAAAUAUUUGUACUGUCCAAUGCUUAUUUUACCCAAAACAAGAAAAAUUUUGUAUGGUAGCAUCGAACUUUUAUGAAACGC